CUCUCAACAUCAGCCCUUAUAUAAACUCGACCCUUUAAUCUUCUCUUCUUCAUUCCAUUUCCUUCUCACUUUUCUUCCAUUCAAUUUCCGAUCAUGGAUCUUAUUCCGGAUCUUCCCUAUGACAUCGCUCUUCAGUGCUUACUUCGCCUCUCUUACAAGCAGUUCCGUACUGUUUCCUCUGUAUGCAAAACCUGGAACCACCAGAUUCACCUUCCCGAGUUCCGCCGCCAUCGAAAAGCCAGUUGCCAUAGCCAGAAACUCGUCGUUAUGACCCAGGCUAAGGUCGACCCGAAUAGGAAUUCGGGUUUUGUGAAGAGACUGGCUAGCCCGGUUUAUAGGGUUUCUGUUUUGGAGGUGGGUUCGGGUCGGUGGUCUGAGUUGCCGCCGAUUCCGGGGUUUUCUUCAAGUGGGCUGCCUUUGUUUUGCCAGGUGGCGGCUGCCGGAUCGGAUCUUGUUGUGAUGGGUGGAUUGGACCCUGUUACUUGGGAGGUUUCGGGGUCGGUUUUUGUUUUUGAUUUUUUGUCGGCCACGUGGCGGCGUGGAGCGGAUAUGCCAGGUGUACAGCGGUCGUUCUUUGGGUGUGCAUCGGAUGGUGAUCGGACGGUGUAUGUCGCUGGGGGCCAUGAUUCUGAGAAGAAUGCGUUGAGGUCAGCAAUGGCGUAUGACGUGGAAAGAGACGAGUGGGCCCGCCUGCCUGACAUGACAAAAGAGCGUGACGAGUGUAAAGGAGUUUUCCAGCGUGGUAAGUUCCACGUCAUCGGUGGAUAUUCUACCAAUGCGCAAGGCCGUUUCGAGAGAAAUGCCGAAGCGUUUGACGUGGAACAGUUUCAGUGGGGCCAAGUACAAGAGAACUUUCUCAAAUCUGCCACGUGUCCUAGGACAUGCACAGGUGGCGAUGACGAGGAUUUACUCAUGUGUCACGAAGGUGCAGUGCUUGGACUAAAAGGCGAGACGUGGCAAGCAGUGACCAAGCUACCCGCUGAGGUAUCCGACGUGGCAUAUGUGACGACAUGGCAGGGGAAGUUGCUGGUGAUUGGAUGUGCAAGAUUCGGUGAGCCCCACAUUGCUUACGUGUUGGAUUUGAAGAGUUACAAGUGGACAAGUAUGGAAACUCCUAAAGAAUUUUCUGGGCAUGUUCAAUCAGGCUGUUACUUAGAGAUUUAAAGGUCUAGAUUGUUGUUUUUGUUUUGUAAAUACAUGCUUUGUUUUUACACCAGAAGCAGUAUUUUGUACACAAGUUUUUGUUUGAUUGUCUAAUCAGAGAUUUUUUAC